GCUGGCUGCAUGUACGCAGGGUGCAUCGGAGUGAGCGUUCAAGUGCAGAAAACCGAAACCGGACGAGGACAAACACUUGCUAAGGGUCUCGUUUGUCCCUGUGAAGAAUGAGUUACACGUAUAGUGAUUCAGACAGAGGCGGCCUGAUAAAUGAAGAGUUUGUGGAUAUAUUAGAGGAGAGGAGACGCAGCAGUGAUCUUGGCCAUGCCCUCAGGACCUUCAGUCCCCACCCCUACAAAGGAGCCCCCUCCUGCUCCACGGCUGACCUCAACAAAGCUGUGCUGGAGUCCCAGUAUCUACGCUACAUGGCUAAGGAGAUCGCCAAAGAGACAGGGUCAUCGGUGGAGGAGGUGAGAGAGGAGGCGUGCACAAUUUUAGAAGAAAUGUCUCAAAACCUGCAGCUUGGGUUCAUCAGGCUGAUGGGAUACACACUCAGCAAAUUGUCUAAGAGGCUCUUCAGGAGCAUCUUCGUCAAUAUGGAGGGACUGAACAGGCUACAACAAGCAAUUCAGGAAAAUCCUGUCAUCCUGAUGCCCAAUCACAGGAGUUAUGUCGACUUCUUGGUUAUCUCCUACAUCCUGUUCACCUACGACAUCCCUGUACCUGUAAUUGCUGCAGGAAUUCGCAAGUAUCUAUUGAAAAAAACAAUGACAGAAUGCAUAGAAAACAAAAGAAUUGUAAUAAAAUACCACAGUUUAUUCUUAUUUGGUUGGACUCUCACUUCCCUUUAUCCCAACUGUAAAGCUCUUGCAGGGAUGAAGAUGGUAGGGGAGAUACUGCGCCGCUCUGGAGCAUUCUUUAUCCGGCGUGCCAUUGGCUCGGACAAACUGUACUGGGCAGUGCUCUCAGAAUAUGUUAAAACCAUUGUGAGGAGAGGAUUUGCUCCUGUGGAGUUUUACGUGGAGGGCUUGAGAAGUCGCACACUGAAGUCUCUGACACCUAAAUUAGGUAUGAUGCACAUGGUUUUGGAGCCCUAUUUUAAAGGUGAAGUGUUUGACAUAACAUUGGUCCCCAUCAGUAUCAGCUACGACCGGGUGCUGGAAGAGUCCCUUCUUGCUAAUGAGUUACUGGGUGUCCCCAAACCUAAAGAAAGCACUACAGGUCUGCUCAAAGCUACCAAAGUGCUGCAGGAAGAUUACGGCAGCAUGCACGUGAACUUUGGCCACCCCCUGUCAGUGCGACAUUUGUGUCAGGGCAAGAUAAACCGCUGCCAGUACAACCUCACACCCAGAGACCUCCCUCAGAAGCCCUCAGCAGAGGCUCAGGCCUGCGUGAGCUGGCUAGCUCAUCUGGUGGUACGGAUCCAAGAGGAGGGCUCUCUUAUCAGCCCCUGGUCUCUGAUGGCCUGCCUGUUGCUUCAGGCUCCAUCCAGGGUCCUAAUAGAGGAGGGCCUUCUGUGGCAUGAGCUCACAGAGAAAACACUCUGGCUCAGGAAGCUGGCACUGGAUUUUGGGGCUCACUUGAACUGGCCUGAACAAGUCUCCGACCUAGAUGUGAUGUCAUCCAGUAUGGCCAUACAUCGCUCUGUGGUUCAGUGUAAAGCAGGGCGGGUCUACCUGGUUCAGGAAGAAGUUCCAGCAAGGAAACAUCCGGUCAACCCAGGGGAGGGUGCGAUCAGGACAGCGGCAUCGAUGCUGAUGCUUGCCUCUUAUAGAAAUCAGUGUCUGCAUGUUUUUGUGCGCCCUGCGAUGCUCGCCACAGCAAUACACAUCACAAAGACCACACAAAGAGAUGGGCUCUUCACCUUCUUCUGCUUCCUACAGGACGUCUUCUCCAACGAGUUCAUCUUCAUUCCUGGAAGGUCAUCUCAGGACUUUGAGGAAGCAUGUUUUCUCUUGAAGAAAUGUGCAGCAAUCCAUGUCGGUCAGCAGGAAGUGACAGUGUCAGACGCUGGGCAAGAGGUGCUCUCCUUCCUGCGAUCUCUGUUUCAACCCUUCAUAGACUCUUAUCAGGUGGUCUUCAGGUACCUCUGUGAAGAUGGAUUUCACUCCCUUUCUGAGAAACAGUUCCUACCUGCUGUGCGAGACUUGGCCACAAAGCUCAUUAUCUCAGGUGAACUUCACACCUAUGAAGCCCUUUCAGCGGACACACAGAAAAACGUCUUGUCUGCCCUGAGAAGGCUGAACACUGUGACAAAGUUGAGGGCGUCCGAGCAGAAUGAGUUCAGAGUAAACAAAGAAGCUGUUAAAAGAACUGGAGACAUGCUCUCUGGGAAAAUCCCUCCACAGGCUCCACAUUGUACACCUGGCGCGAGACUUUAGUCUCUGUUGGAACACAUCCAUCUUCAGUAUCAGCUCACAGUUCUACUAACCCCAGUCCCUCCUGCUUUAUCCUUACCCUGACCACUUCUUCGUCCUCUGGUGCCUUGAUGGAAGAUACUUGUAAGAGGAGCAUAGGAGCGCUGCACCUGAACUCUGCACUCAGACAAAGUACCUUCAUCCUGCAUGCCAGGAGCCAGACUUAAUCUGGCAUCAUUCCACUCGUGAACAUUUGCUCCCUACCUCCCUCAACCUUGUUCUCAUCCCACACAGACCUGACAGGGCUAAGAUUUUACCACAUGGCCUGAUAUGGUGACCCAAAGGUGACAAAUUUAGGCAAAAUCACAUGACAACCAUGUUUCUCCAAUGUAAUAAUGGGUGGAAGUCUAUCCUAUUACAUUGUUGUACUGCUGUGCUCCAAGUUGAAAAUUAAGGGUGAGAUUUGUAGCAAAUCUAUGCCAUUUUACUACAACCCGAGUGUUAACCUAGUUGAUACAUUUUGACCAAUUUAGCCAACAUGAAUUACUCAGUGCAGCUCCUGAUAAUUUUUAUUGUGUAAAACUAUGAAUUGGUAAUAUAGAAAAAAUGCUGUAAUGUUAAAGUGAGUAGCCUUUUGUUUGCAAAAAAUCCUAUUCCUAGCCAAUAGUAUUACAGCAUGUUACACUAUCAUAUGGCCAUAUUAGCUAG